CAAAAUCGCGGCAGACCGCGACUCAGUGCACGUUUUGACGUUUGUCGAUCGCGUUCGGACAAUUGUGCCUUCCGAGGGACCGUCGACAGCUAAACCCACGGUUCCAGUUCGGAUUUCAAAGGUCAGCGUCGUGAUUUUCGAAAGAUGAAACCCUCCACGCGUCCCUAACCGAGGAGAAAGAGAGGAAGAAAGAUGGCCGCUCUUCUCAACUUCAGCACGCCCUACCUGGCCACCCCCAACCCCCCCACGACCAACUACUACCGUCCCCCGCAGCCUCUGCCCCCUCUGCAGGGCCCCUACUCCUACCCACCCCCUCAGAAGCCCUUCCUGGCGGAGGAGUUCAACGCCCAACAGCACCAGUUCAACGCGCAGGUGCCCGCGAACGCGCAGACGCACCAGCAGCAACCCGGACCAGAAUACACGAAAGUGACCGACGACGGCACGAAGACGAACGUGCACGCCGUCAUAGACUAUGACUACGAGGACGAGGAUGAGGCGGGAAGUUACCCGGUGACGCCCAUCCAGGGCCCCAUUUUUAUUAAGAACGGUUCUGUGCCCGUUGUGCCGCUCUACUCGCAUCCCGUGCUGAAUAAUGGGACCUUCGUGCAGAUACCGAUUCUGUGGACGGCAUUAUCAGUAGCUUUAGGAUUAGAACUACGUGGAGAAUAUAUCAGGGGCGUGCCUUGUAUAAAGAAAAACCAACAACUGUAUUGCCCAAAAGCGGGAAAUUCGUAUCCACUAGACCGGAUAGAACUGUUCAUAGACGAGAACAAGGCGCUGAUGAGGCGCAUGUACGGUGAAUUCGACAUGCCCGACUACGCGGGUCGUUCCGGUGGAUCGGGCACGAAGAAGAAGCGGUCGACGCAGCCCGGAGUGCCCGACCUGCACUUCGACCCCGGGCCCGACCCCCUGGAGACCACGGAGUCGCUCGGCAAGAACAGGAGUCCGAGGCAGAACUUCCGGAACAACCAGAGCUCGGAAAGCGGCAGGGUAGACGCGUGCGAGAGCAAAAUAGAAAUAGUGACGCCUUACUGGGCGUCAAACUCCGCCGGCAAAAUUAGGGCCAUCGUCAACACGCAGCACUUCGAACAAGCUAUCCACCAGGAGGUGUGCUCGAAGAGCAGCACGAAGCGGUGCUCCGGAGAGUGCGGCUGCGAGCAGAAAUACAAGUGGCACCGCCUGCUGGCCUACGACCCCGACAACGACUGCAAGGGCAUCUUCAUGGACUGGUUCCUGUUCCCCUCGUGUUGCGUGUGCAGGUGCAACCCCAACUAGCCCCGUUUCUAGUAGAAUUUCUCGAAUGCUCACCGAAUCCCUAACGCGGACGAAUCUCAACCCGAUAAGGAAUACUACGCGAUACAUAUCAGAUUAUUUUUCACAUUCCAUGCGUCUAGGUUAAUACCUUGGUCCUUGACAGACUUAGUUUGUAACGAGGCCUUGUCUUGAGCAAAUAUAUUCGGUUUUACGGCGUUUUUAAUAGGUCUACAGAACUGGUAUGUUGAUUUUGCGAUUGAAUUAUUGUUUUUUAACCUCAGUAUUUGUAAAACGGAUGUUUUAACAUCUUUUAACUUGAGAUAUGUAGAUAUACGGUUUCACAAAUUUACGAUUGUAAAUCAAUUUGAAAUUUACGAAAAAUAGGGCAAGUUUUAGAAAAUAGCAAGAUUUUUACUACGUUUAUAGGAAAUAGUGAAACUUGAGGAGAUGACUACUAGAUGGCGACUCUACCAACAAAUGUCUAAAGUCUAGAGAUAAUAACCUUACGAGGGCUCUAUAGCAAAUAGCCAACCAGUAAUACAUGUUGAUAUAUUUUAUUACACAGUUUGUCUAAAUAUGAA